AUGGGAGGGUUGACACAGACGAAUCGAUUCAAGAUCUAUGAAACAGCGCCACCUGCAGGGAGAAAUAAGUUCAGAUAUACACACGAUGUGCCAGUCCCGCGAGGACAGCCCCUACAGAUCAAAGAACUUACGAUUUCACAUCUCGCCGAUUACAAUGACGGCAGACUUGUUAGGUCCCGCGCUUGGACGCGGCUUCUCCGUUUGCCAACCCUCAUCGAUCUGAAACUGCUCUUUGGAGAAAAUCGUAUGCGUGAGGGGACCCUCCUUUCUACCACUAAGUACGACUUCCUCAACGUUCUGCCGUUAAUGUGGUUUAGCCCUUUUAAAGUCCGGGAAUUUGCUGUAGUCCAGAAACUACAAGUAUUAUCUCUAUUCUACACCGACUACUGGGGACAGUACCCAAGAGUGGACCUCACCCAAUUGGGCGACUUGCCAGCUCUCAAAGUGCUGGCUCUUGGGCGGUAUGUCUUUACUGAUAAGGAUCAAACAGAUUGGAUCGCAUCUCUGGGGAGGAGCAACAAGAGCGGCGGACUGGAAGAGCUUUAUCUCGAUGAGUGCUGUGUCUUAUUUCAGGCCAAGCAGUAUGUGGAUUUGACAUCAGUUUUGGACACUAUCCCAGACCAGAACACCCCUAUGGAAACAGUCUUGUAUAGCAGAAGAUGGCAUCACAUACUGUCGGAAUGGACAGGCUUGAAGAAAUUCGUCAUGGGAGUUGGAGAAUGGUCUUGCCCCUUUCGAACUGAAGAAACUUGGAACAAGGAGAUGGAGCCGGUUACGUUGGGCAUGAGGAACGACCCACCAGAUUGGUAUUUCGGCCACAAUCGCCACAGAUUCUUUGCGAAUCCUGGACCAGAACACUACACCAGAGGCUUCAUCACGGCUUACCAUUCACGCCGUGACAAAUCGCAGGCGGUGCCAAUGGGGAACUAUUUGCUGGGCGAGGGCUUGAGACAGAAGCGAAGAGCACAGAUGCAUUAUGCUUGGUAUAACGUUCGGGGGGUAUAUCACUGGUUUAUUGGCAAUCAUUAUGGAGACUACUGCGAGGAUCUCGGUUGGGCGCCUGAGAGGGAGACUAUCGAGUUGGACGAUGCUGCUUACGCAUUGCUUAUGGAGACUAUCCGAGCUAGACUAAGAUCUUAG